AUGAGCUGCGUAAAUUUUUGUAAACUUUUAGUCCGCACAAGGAGACACGAUCUUGCUGGAGAAGAUACAUUGUUCGACCGAUGUCUAACCGUCCUGGAUGUCAUGUUACUCGGAAUGUGUUCAAUGCUUGGUCCCGGUUUGUAUGUGGCUACAGGGCAGAUCGCUCGAGAUACGGCGGGCCCCGCUAUCGUUAUCUCUCUUGCUAUAGCAGCAAUUCCGGCCAUUUUGUCUUCUAUGUGCUACGCUGAAUUCUCCGCUCUGGUUUCGAGGACCGGCUCUUCGUAUGUUUACACUUACAUCGCUCUCGGCGAGAUAUGGGCCUUUAUGAUAGGUUGGAAUCUCAUUUUGGAAAAUAUCCUCGCUAUCGCACUUCUAGGAAACGUUUUUAGCAAGUUUACAAAUUCCCUCAGCGGUUCUCGACUUUACAGUUUCAUGCAAGAAAACUUCACCUGGUGGAAAGUGGAGGGAUUUCGCUCCUUUCCAGAUUUAAUAGCUUGUGUUAUUGUUAUUAUUUUCACCAUUUUAACUGCCACAGGGCCGCGGAAGCCAGCCAUAUUUAUGCGCCUUGCCACCCUAAUCAACCUUCUUGUGAUAGUGUUUGUUAUACUCUCUGGGUUUUAUUUCAUGGACACGCAUAAUUGGGAUACAUUUGAAAAAUUCGCCCCGUAUGGUUUCGACGGAAUCAUGGCGGGGGCCUCCUUUAGUUAUUUUGCCUUUCUUGGAUUUGAUAUUAUUAACUCGUCAAGCGAAGAGACGCUGAACCCUAAGCGGGUUGUACCAUUCGCAAAUACCAUUAGCACUUAUGUCGGCGUGUUUAUAUACCUCAUAACUGCCGCCAUAUUAACACUCAUAAUUCCGUAUAGAAAACUCAGUGAUUUCAGCCCGUUGCCUGACGCUUUUGCCUACAAAGGAUUUGAAGUUGGCAGAUAUUUCGUUGCCAUCGGAGGGUUCUUUGGAAUGUCUGCCGCCUUGCUAACCUUUAAUUAUGCAGGUGCACGCUUGAUUUAUGCCAUGGCCAACGAUGGACUGUUAUUUCAAAGUCUGGCAAGAAUCAACACUAGAACUCAUGUUCCUGUAAGAGCGACGCUUCUAUGUGGCAUGAUCGCGGCAGCAAUUGCACUAUUCGUGGACUUGAGAGACCUAGUGGAGAUGCUGUCAAUCGGCACACUUUUAGCCUACACAGCUGUAUCCUUGGCGGUUAUACUUGAGCGUCACAAGCCUUUGGACAUGGAGUUUCAAACCAACGUAGAACAUGAAGAAAUGUCUGAAGACGAAAGCGCUGUCUCUUGUUAUGGAAAGCUGCACGAAAAAAUACAGAACACAUUCUCUUCGCCGUACAUAGAAUACCGCAGUAAAUACGACUUCUGUCACAUACUGGGCGAGACACCUAGCGAAGAUACCCACCGUAUGGCAGGGGUGGCUUCAGCGUGCUUAGUGUUUGCCUUUUUCGGUUUUUCUUUAACAGUGUCAGCAGGAAGUGGCCUACACUACAUUUUACACCAAAACCCCGUGGUAUUGUUUGUGUCCUGUCUUAUGGCGCUGAUCUUUAUUCUGGCAUUAGUGUUGCUGCUUCUUCUGCCCACUAAAAAACUCAAGAUUGACCAUGCAGUACCUUGUAUUCCGUUUGUUCCUCUUGCCAGUAUCCUGCUUAAUAUUUACUUGCUGACAAACUUGAAUGGCUGGACGUGGGCUCGAUUUGCGGCCUGGAUGUUUUUCGGUAAGUUUCCCCCACCCGGUACUCCUCCUCCGUUUCUUAACUUUCUAUUAUCGUUCUCCUCUAAUAGAUUCCGAGUUUACAGGUGACCUUCUAACAAACUACAAGAAAACUAACUAAGUUACUAACUUGCUGACUGUGGGACCACCUAUCUCACUGACUGAUGGUUGACUAGCGGUUUUCAUAGACAAAGAAAGAAACUCCGUUAUUUAGGGGGUGUCUAUAUGAUACUGGGGCGACUUUCGCACCAGCGCGAGUUCAUUGCGGUUCCCCCUUCAUUAAGAACUUGUACCUCACAGCCAAGGAGUGUUCGGUCCAAAAUCCAGACACAAACAGAUUCUAAACAACACAGCGAUUAAUUUCAAAUAUCGUAGCUAAUCUGAUAAGCCACCUAGAGAAGGCUUAUUUUAGAGGAGAGAGACAGUGUGGGGCAAAAUUUCAUUUAUCGCGAAUUAUAAACGCAAUGAAAAUUUUAAAAAAAUUAGAUCAUGUUUUGGCGAAUUUUGUGGUGUCCUUUAAGGACUGUACAUUUAAAGAGUCUGAUGAUGAUUUUUCUUUCAAUUUUCAACAUUAAAUGUCGGCUUUCAUUAAGAUUUUACUAACUGUAAUUAACUGUACGUGAAUAUACUCAAAAGCUACAACCCACAAGAUUCUUCAAACAAUCAACUAUCGACUAAAAUUUCUAGUUCUUCCUUUCUUAAAACAGGUAUGGUAAUCUACUUCAUGUAUGGCUUUCACAACAGCAAAGAACGACUGAGCGAAGAUAGCCUAUCACGUGACUUCCUCUAUCGACUAACGGCGCCAUCACGUUAUGUCCGUAAGCGUGCCAGGUCACUAAGCAGUGAGGAUGGACCGCUGUCUCCUAGUAGCGACAGCGAGAAUGAUGAAGGAUUUCUUUCUAACCUUAUGACCAGCGACGACGAGUCCCCUAAACAAACGCUCAUUAACAAGGAGAGCAAAAAAGAAGAGGACACGUGACAGGAACAAAAAUGAGCAUCUGUUGGUUUCUGAACAGUUUCAUUUCGUUGCGGGUAUUCCAUUUUCUAGAAAUAGUCCCUAUUUAUUUCUCUAGGUCAAUCAUAAUGAAUUAAAAAACAAACAAUGAAACAAACAAAAAACUAUACCGUCGAUAUGGUUUGGAUACCGGAUAAAACCAACCACAACAUUUUGCAAACCUUUGCUCGGAAUUUUCUAUCGAGAAUGCAGUUUACCAAACACCCAAAGAGAGUUUCGUCCAAAAUCCAAUCACGAACGGAUUCUAAAUAUCGAACACCGUGUUUUUAAAUUAUAUUACUAGAAAAACAAAGCGCGCGAUUUAUCUCUCAUUCUGUCGCUAAUCUAUUAAGCCACCUCAAGAAGACUUAUUUUAUUUCAAGCACAUUUGAAGAGGUGACAGUGUGUGGUCAAAUUUCAUUUAUCGCGAAUUACAAACGCAAUGAAAAUACGAAAAAAAAAAAAAUAGAUCAUGCUUCGUCGAAAUUGAAUGAUACUCCGUAUUAUCUAAGUCUUGUAUCAAAAGUACGCCUGAAUUUAUAUCUUAAUGUGAGAUAACUUAGAAACUAAAUUAUUUCGAUAAGAGUGCAGUAGAAUUAUUUAAAACCCAAGGGGCUAACCAACUAUGCAACUGUGACAC